AUGUCCUCCCAUGACAACGCGGACAGCCAGUCUGAAACCGUAGCGAAUGCUGUGACCGCCAUGAAAUUGGAACACGAUGAUGGUGAUACUGCGUCGUCCGUCGUCAACGGCAGCGGCGGCGCAGUCAAGAAGGAAGAGGAGGAGAAAAUACUCGUCAACGGAUCCGCCCUCGAAGUCAAAUCCCGAAGUCAAUCACAUUCGCCCACCAAAAAGGAAGAAAGAGAGGAACGUGAAGUCAAAGAUGCAGAUGAGGAGGAAAAGGUUGGAGGUGACAUUACGGUUCAGCUCGAGCCUGGCGAACCGCCCAAGCUGGCACGCAGCUCCUCGCAGAAGGUUGUGCCACGCCCCCCUCAGCUAUUCCUAGACUUGCCCGAUAGCACGGAGGAGGCCAGGUCAACCUUUGAGGUGAUGGAAAUGUGCACGUACGCCAACAAAUACAUGGGUUAUACGGAACAUGCUAUGGAGUGCGAUUGUGCGGAAGAAUGGGACUCGACAGUUGGCAAAAAUCAUGCCUGUGGUGAAGACUCGGAUUGUAUCAAUCGUGCGACCAAGAUCGAAUGUGUAAAUGAUUGCAGCUGUGGCCCAGAAUGCCAAAAUCAAAGAUUCCAGCGAAGGGAGUACGCGAAUGUGGCCGUCAUCAAAACCGACAAGAAGGGGUUUGGCCUUCGUGCUGAGUCCGACUUGCGACCGAACCAGUUUAUUUUCGAGUACGUCGGUGAGGUGAUCAACGAAGGGAAUUUCCGGAGGCGCAUGCGCCAGUACGAUGAAGAAGGAAUCAAACAUUUCUAUUUCAUGUCCCUCAAUAAGGGUGAAUUUGUUGAUGCGACGAAGAAGGGUAACUUAGGCCGGUUUUGCAAUCAUUCGUGCAAUCCCAACUGCUAUGUCGAUAAGUGGGUUGUUGGGGAAAAGCUCCGGAUGGGCAUUUUUGCGGAACGUUUUAUCCAGGCUGGAGAGGAACUUGUUUUCAACUACAACGUUGACCGUUACGGAGCCGACCCUCAACCCUGCUACUGUGGAGAAUUGAAUUGUACGGGCUUCAUCGGAGGACGGACGCAGACCGAACGUGCGACGAAACUGUCCAAUGCAACUAUCGAGGCUCUGGGUAUCGACGAUGCGGAUGGCUGGGACACCGCCGUCGCCAAGCGGCCGCGUAAGAAGAAGAUGGGCGAAGCUGAUGAGGAAUAUGUGGACAGCAUGCAACCGAAAUCUCUGGAGGAGAAUGGGGUGACUAAGGUCAUGGCUGCAUUGAUGCAGUGCCAGGAAAAAUGGAUUGCAGUCAAAUUGCUGGGACGGAUUCAGCGGUGUGAAGAUGAACGAGUUCGCAAUCGUGUGGUGAAGAUGCAUGGCUACCAAAUUCUGAACUCCCAGCUCGCUAUGUGGAAGGAUGACCACAAUGUUGCCCUGCAGAUCAUGGAUAUCUUGGACAAGUUUCCUCGCCUUACACGAAACAAGAUCAUUGACUCUAAGAUCGAGUCUACUAUUCAACCUUUGGCAACCUGUGGUGAUGAAAGGGUGGAGAAGAAUGCGGCCGCACUUUUGCAAGCAUGGUCGACGCUGGAAGUGGGCUAUCGCAUUCCUCGUAUGAAACGGGAUCCCAACAGCUCGUCGCGAGCAGUAAACCAGUUUGGACGACGAGAAAAUACCCGCGAUGAACGACGACGAUCAAGAUCACGUUCCCGGUCCAGGUCGCGGUCGUUGGAUGCACCUCGCGGCCCGCGCGGUGAUCGCGGUCCGAGAAAUCACCAUCGCCCGCGACCAUUUCGCCGUCAACCCAAUCCUCUACCUCCAGGGUGGUUUGCGGCCGAAUCCAAUGGCCGGACAUACUACUACUCUGCACGUGGAGACACAACAUGGACACGGCCAACCACACCUGCUCCUCAGCCUCCUCCACCUCCGAAGGAAUCGAAAGACAAGGCACUGCAGGACAUUAUCGAUGGUAUUAUGAAUGCCAAAGAAAACACUCCUAAGGAGAAGACUACUACUCCUGGUACGCCGCAGGCAUCAAAACUCACGCCUGAGGGGAAAGAGGGAUCAAAAUGGAAGGGCUACAGUGAGGAAAAACAGAAGAAGCUCUAUGAGAAUACCUUGUUCCCCCAUAUCAAGUAUGUUGUGGAUAAGUUCAAGCACAAGCUUCCAAAGGAUGAUUUGAAGCGUCAUGCAAAGGACGUCGCCAAGAAGCUUGUGAACUCGGAUUUCAAGAACAGCCGGGUCGAAGACCCAACGGCGAUUAGUGACAAACAACAGAAGAAAGUCAAGAACUACUGUAAGGAGUAUUUUGAAAAGGCAGUUGUUAAACAUCGAGAGCAUGAGAAGAAGAAAGCUGGCAAGGACGGCAAGGAAACCGGUGACACAGCAAAUGGCGAAAGCGAUGAAGGCGUCGAUGUGAAGAUGUCUGACGAUGAAGGCGGUAAAGAUACGCCCGGAGAUGGCGAGGAGACUGAGACACCAGGGUCAUCCUUGAAGCGAAAGCGAGACGACGACCCAAAAAGGGAGGAUGGGAAACGGAGCCCUUCCCCCUCGAAACGGCAGCGUUCCUCUACACCACCGCCCCCUCCGCCGCCGCCGAUGAGUCCUGGGCAAGCAGAGUCCACGCCAACAGACAAGCAGGCAAUGCAAUAUGCUCCUACUCCGCCGCCACCCCCACCGAUUCCCACAGAGCAGAGUUGA